CAACCCAACCCAUUUUACAUUUUACAUCAAAAAAAAAUGUAAAACUCUCACUGCCUUUCUUCUACCCCUUGGUAAAUCCAACCAUACAAUCAUGUCAUAAUAAGCUUUAAAAAAAGUCAAAAACACUCACAUUUCCUCUAUUUCUCCCUCUUUUUAGCUAUUUUUAUUUAUCAACCUACUAGAUAUCGAGUGUUCUUUCUUCCCUUUAGUAAACUUUGCUGCUAAAAGCAACAGAAAACAAAGAAGCAUGGUGGGCUCAGGAACAACAACAACAGAUGGAAGUAAAGAAGCAGCUGGAAUGUUGGCUCUUCAUGAAGCUCUAAGAAGUGUUUGUCUCAGUUCUGACUGGACUUACUCUGUUUUCUGGACCAUUCGACCUCGCCCACGAGUUAGAGGCGGUAAUGGCUGCAAAGUUGGCGACGACAUCGGCAGCCUGAUGUUGAUGUGGGAAGACGGGUUUUGCAAAGGACGAAUGGCGGAUUCUUUAGAAGAAAUGGAUGCAACAGGGGAAGAUCCUGUUAGAAAAGCCUUCAGCAAAAUGUCAAUUCAGUUGUAUAAUUAUGGAGAAGGAUUAAUGGGAAAAGUUGCUUCUGAUAAGUGUCACAAAUGGGUCUUCAAAGAACCUUCAGAAUGUGAUCAGAGCAUAUCUAACUAUUGGCAAAGUUCUUUUGAUGCUCUUCCAACAGAAUGGAAUGAACAGUUUGAUUCAGGAAUUCAGACUAUAGCUGUGAUUCAAGCUGGUCAUGGCUUGUUGCAACUCGGUUCAUGCAAGAUUGUACCUGAAGACCUUCAUUUUGUGCUUAGAAUGAGACAUACAUUUGAAUCACUAAGCUACCAAUGUGGCUUCUAUCUAUCCCAACUAUUUGCAUCAACAUCAUCACCUUCUUCCACUGGGAUCCCAUUAAAGCAACCGACGGUCCCGAUCUACCCACCUCCCGCCUACAACUGGGCCAACCGCAUGCAAUCGCCAAAUUUCCAGAAAGCUACGGGACUUGGGUUUGGGCCUAAAGAUGAGACACACAUGUUCCUCCAUCCUCAUUCAUCCGAAACACACAUGGGAAACAUGAUGGGUCAUGACCAUGCUGAAAAUGACAUCAAAUGGCCUAACGGAUUGACCUUCUUCAAUGCAUUAACCGAAGGGCUCGGUAGCAAGCCUGACGACGGUCAGGACUUGAAUCAUGGAAAACACGAACCGGGUAUGUACACCGAUGUGAUGGAAAAUUUCUUGGAGUGAUCCAACGAUUAUGGAUCGGGUUGUUAACUUGUUAUAAAUCUUGGAAGAUAACUCUUGGUACUCUUUGUUUUGUUGUAGUAUUUUGUAGUUGUUUUUGGUCUUU